GUGACGUGGCUCUUAUGGUGGCAAUAAUGCCAGAAUGUAUUGUUUCUUGUAUAUUUAUAUCCUUGUGUCAUCUAAAUUAUUUUUAUUUAUUUUUAGAGAUACUAAAGUAAUUAAUUAUUAUUAGAAACUAUUAUAGUUAACAAUGCCUAUAUCCUGUAAAACAGAGUGUGGAAGAAAUGCUGUAUUAAAGCGACCAAAAACAGGAGAUGCUCUGUGCAAGGAAUGUUUUUAUUCAGCGUUUGAAUCUGAAAUACAUUACACAAUAAUAAAAGGAGAGUUAUUUAACAGAGGAGAUUCUGUAGCGGUUGCUGCUUCUGGUGGGAAAGAUUCUACGGUUCUUGCACACAUAUUGAAAACACUUAAUGAGCGAUAUGAUUAUGGUUUGAACUUAAUGCUCCUAUCUAUAGACGAAGGCAUCACUGGCUACCGUGAUGAUAGUCUUGAGACUGUGAAACAAAAUCGUGAUGAUUAUAAAAUGCCUCUGAAAAUAUUAUCAUACAAAGAGUUAUAUGGAUGGACUAUGGAUGAAAUUGUGGCACAGAUUGGUAGAAAGAACAAUUGUACAUUUUGUGGUGUGUUUAGAAGACAGGCGCUGGACCGAGGGGCGGCAAUGCUCGGCGUCAAGUGCAUAGCUACUGGCCACAAUGCAGAUGAUAUAGCCGAGACAGUAUUAAUGAAUGUGCUGAGAGGUGAUAUUGCCAGAUUGAAAAGAUGCACAGCCAUAGUAACAGGAAGUGAGGGCACUAUACCAAGAGUAAAACCUCUCAAGUACACAUAUGAAAAAGAAAUUGUUAUGUAUGCACAUUACAAGAAGCUGGUGUACUUCUCAACUGAGUGUGUAUUUGCUCCUAAUGCCUACCGAGGGCAUGCAAGAGCUCUGCUGAAGGACAUGGAGAAGAUCAGGCCUGCUUGCAUUAUGGACAUUAUAUACUCUGGUGAAACAAUGACAAUAAAAGAUGAAGUCUCAUUACCAGCACAGAGGGUAUGUGUUAGGUGUAAUUUUGUCUCAUCACAGGAAGUCUGCAAAGCUUGUGUGCUUCUUGAAGGCCUCAAUAAAGGGUUACCAAAACUUGGCAUUGGUAAGAGUUCCAAGGCGAAGAAAAUGCUUGAUGAAUAUAAUUUGAAACAGACAGAAAGUAGUGGUUUGAAAGAAGCAAUUUCAGAUUUGAAUGAUACAGUUAGCAGUUGUAUAGCAAAAGCUAAAACUUGUAAAUCAGGAUUGUGUAGUGAAGAAAAUAAUGUAAAUAAAAAUGGUAGUAUAAAUAAAAAUGUAAACAAGUGCAAUAGUAAUAAAUGUUGUAUAGGACAAUGUAUUUCUAAAGAAAAUAGCCAAAUCCAAAAAUCAAUCAGUAACUCAAAAGUUAAUUCAUUACUACAACAGUAUGGAUUGGAUGAUACAUCAACUGACAAUGAGCAAUUAAAAUUAGUAACAAACCCUCAUGAAAAUGGCCAUGAAGAUGUAUUAGAGAAUUCUGAUGAUGAACAGUCACAUUUGGAUGAAGAUAACACAUGUUCCGCAUCAUGUGGUAGAAUGGGGUCAUUACAAAUAGGAUUCUGACAAUAAAACACUGAGAAAUUUCAAA